AAAAUUGUGGGCAUAAUGAAACAAAAUCACGCAAGACAUGUUUAUUUCUCGUUCUUCAAUGCAUUGAAGGUGAAUGAAUUACCAAUGAGUUCAGGGGUGCAAACUAUCGAUUGGGUGCGAAACAGGUAGCAUUUCUAGCCGCUGUCCGGGAAAGGAGAAGGACGCUCGGGGACCGGAGCCUAGAGAGCGGCGGAAAGCACCUCAAAUAAGCAAAGCGCCUUAAGUAGGCAAAGCACUUCAAGUAGGUUAAGCACCUGAAGUAAGCAAAGCACGCUUGGAGUGGCACAAUAUAUCGGUACAAUAUAUUUCCCCAUACACCACGUACUCACCCUAUUUACAUUUCUAAUUACUGCUGUUCAUCGGAACAGAAUACCGCGGGCUCGAUAAGUAAAGCCACGAGGAUUUCGCAAAUCGACAACAUUGUCGAGAAACACACAGAAUAAUGAUGUUUUAAGGAGUUUAAUCUCCCAUCAUGGUACGUUUACGACAAGGUAAAAACAAACGUUGGCGAAAGGGCCAAAGUUGCGAGUCGAAUCCGGCAACAAGGACGCACAGAGACGCGGCGAAGAGGGGUGCCAUUGUAGGACAUGCUACUCGGAACUCUAAUUUGACUGUCGAUGCUCUGGCUAGGCAUGAAGAAAAACACGACGAAGAAGGCGACGUUGAACUUAAAGAUGAGGAAGGAUUGAGUGUAAAGAGCGGGCAAACGUUUGGCGCUUUCAGUGUGAGUGGUUUAACGGACUGUUCUAAUCCUGUGUUUGCUACUGUCAGACGAUUCUGGGAUUCUCCUUCCUCGCAGCACAAAGAGGUUUGUGCUGUUCUGGCUGCAGUCACUGAGGUUAUCAAGUCAAAGGGUGGAAAAGAAUCUGAAACAGAGUACUUUGCAGCUCUGAUGACUGCUUUAGAGUCAGCUGAUGAAUUGGAAGCAAUUACUGCAAUUACAUUUCUUUUGAGUCUGGUUAUUAAAAGUGUCCCUGAUGGCAUUCUUCAAGCCAAGUUCUCUAAGUCUUGUCAAGUUCUUGUCACAAUCCUGGCAUCUCAUGCUGCAGAUGGCACACCAGGACUGCUUAGACCUCUACUUGCCUGUUUGUGCAGGUUGCUUAGUGUUCAAGAAGGAGCUGUUUGGUCAGAAUCAUCAACAAUGACAACUUUCAAUGGAUUACUGAGCUUUGUGGUACAUAGUAAACCGAAGGUUCGCAAAGCAGCACAAGAAGCUGUAACGCUGCUGUUAAAGAAACCACCAGGUGACAUGCAACAUCAUCCAGCAUCAGCAACAACGGCUAAGUUCUGUGUUCAGCAAAUUGAAGAACAUGGAGGAUCUUCACAAGGUGCAACUACAACUCUCCACGUCAUAGGUGUUCUAAAGGAAAUACUCCCUUCUCUUCCUGGACAGAAUGAUAACAGCAGCUCUUCAAACGUGGCCCGCAUUGCGUUCUGUGAAUGGAACAAUAAAAAAGAAGAGACCGUAGGCCCUGAUAUAAAAUUUUAUACAGAAACCUUGAUCUCUUUGAACAGAUUAGAUGCAGUUUUGUGCUACAACCAUCUUCCAAGGAUUUUUUCAUCAUUGAUGAGUUACUACUUAUCAGAUCACUCUACUCUAUACAAAGCAGCUCAGGAAACAAUGAAUACACUUUUACAAGACUGUCUUGCUCCAGUUGCUGAUGAUGUGUGCACAGAGAUCACCAAGUCUGCUGGUACAAAUAAUACACCAUUACAAAAGAUAAUUAAAUGUCUAGAAUCAGGUCUCCAAUAUCGUUAUCAAGCAUCUUGGGCUGUCAUCUUAGAAGUGAUCAGAGUUACAUUCGAGGUUCUUGGAAAGCAUUGCCCAAAAUUAUUGAAAAAGCUCUUGAUGUCCCUUUGUGACUUGCGAGGCACACAUCAAUUUCCUUACGUAAACAAACUAGAACGAGCUGUUGGUAUGGCUGUUCAGAAAAUGGGACCCAGGAUUGUCUUGGAAGCUGUGCCACUACAACUUGACAAGGAAAUAGGCGGACCAUGUAACUUUCCUCGGAGUUGGCUGCUGCCUGUAUUGAAGGAUAACGUGAAAGACACUGAACUAAAGUACUUUUUCGAUGUGAUGUUGCCACUGUCGGCUAACCUGAGAAACAAAGGUAACAACCGUUGUAAAAGAACAACUGCGAGUCAGAGUAUGCUAAGAUAGUCAUUCAAGUCUGUUGCCCGGAUAUUGGGCGUGGCUCUUACGGAGAGACCAGACCUGUGUUUGACGGUGUGCCAGGCCUUGAGGCUGCUUAUUUCCAAGACGUCUGAUAAUGCUGAAAGCAAAAACGAGUUGUCUCUGUAUGCAAAGAACUACUUGCCGAUCCUGUUUAACUUGUAUACCGCGGAAGAGAAGGAAGGGGAUCCUGACAAAUUGCCAAUACUGGAGACCAUCAGAGUUUAUUUGACCAUAACAGAUCCCAAGCUUGUUGCCACGUUCUUCUCCAAGGGUCUAGAAAAGCUAAGAGGAAGCGAAAGUGAUACUAGGGCGAGAAAUUUGAUGAUGGACUUGGUCAUAGCAAUGACACCUUACGUUGAUGGGAAAAACAUCAAACUACUCUACGACUUGGCGUUACCAUGGCUACAGGUCACGGAUGUCACGCAGCAGAAGAAAGCUUAUCGGAUUCUGGAGCAGAUUUGCGGUGCUGAUUCUGAGAGCAGUAAAAAGUUCGUGGUGUCGCAUCUCAAGGAACUUCAAGAAAUCCUUCUCAAGACAUUGGCUUCUUCAAGCUCGGCUUCCAAAACUCCCCGUUUGCGAUGUCUUGCUCAUAUAGUUCGGAGGUUGGAGGAUCCUGUACAGUUCAUUCAAACGAUUAUUCCAGAGGUCAUACUCUGUACCAAAGAAGUUGCAGUCAAAGCUCGUUCGUCGGCUUUCACUUUACUGAUCGAGUGCUGUAACGCCAGUUUCCGUUCUUCGGGAAAGACAAGACAAGAAUGUCUGACGUCAUUCCUGGAGUUGGUGGUUGCUGGUAUCGCGGGCUCACCUCACAUGAUCAGCGCAACUAUAAUUUCCGUGUCUAAAGUGGUGUACGAGUUUCGAAACGAGAUUCCCAGUGCAAUCCUGGAGCAGCUUAUUCAGGGAAUUCUUGUUUGCCUGAGAUCUUUUGCUAGGGAGGUGAUAAAGUCCUGUCUUGGUUUCUUUAAGGUAAUGUUACUCACCCUCUGGCGAGAAAGAGGCAACCCCCGUUUGCGAUGUCUUGCUCAUAUAGUUCGGAGGUUGGAGGAUCCUGUACAGUUCAUUCAAACGAUUAUUCCAGAGGUCAUACUCUGUACCAAAGAAGUUGCAGUCAAAGCUCGUUCGUCGGCGUUCACUUUACUGAUCGAGUGCUGUAACGCCAGUUUCCGUUCUUCGGGAAAGACAAGACAAGAAUGUCUGACGUCAUUCUUGGAGUUGGUGGUUGCUGGUAUCGCGGGCUCACCUCACAUGAUCAGCGCAACUAUAAUUUCCGUGUCUAGAGUGGUGUACGAGUUUCGAAACGAGAUUCCCAGUGUAAUCCUGGAGCAGCUUAUUCAGGGAAUUCUUGUUUGCCUGAGAUCUGUUGCUAGGGAGCGCGACUGCCUCUCCAGCAAUGUGGAUAUGGGGUUUGAAAACCAAAUAUUUAUCAAGGAUUAUAUAUUUUUUGGUUUAGGUGUUUUCCAAACCGUUAUUGAUCAAAUAAUCGUUUUACAGGCGGCCAAAGCAGGAAAAGCGAGCGAACGUGCGAAAGGCCCGAAAGCCUGGAUCCGAGAGGGAACUGAGGAAGAGCCGGUAGAUUUUCUUGACCCAGGAGUGGUGCAAAGAGUUGUUGCCACUGAUCCCAAGAAGCCUACCAAACGUAAAGCGACUGAUGAUUUCGAGACCUCUGCCGAUGGAAAGCUCAUUAUCCCGGAUGACGAGGACGAGGAAGUACGACAGGAACCUGGAUCCAAACGCAAAAGAACUUUAGGUCUGCAAGACUCCGAUGAUGAUAUGGAGGAGAGUCCAUCUUCAAGGAAAAAGAAAGAGAAGCCCUUUGGAGCUGAUAAUGACGAUGACGACAAUGACGAAGGACUUUCGUCAAAACGUGUAAAGAGUGAAAAGGCAUUGGGUGCUGAAUACAAAGCAAAGAAAGCGGGCGGUGACGUGAAGAAGAAGGGAAAGCCUGAUCCAUUUGCUUACGUACCACUCCAGUUAAAUAUGCUUAACAAAAGAAAACAAAGAAAAAUGGCUGGUCAGUUCAAGGGACUGGUGCGAGCGACCAAACGAGGCGCGGCGAACGUCAGACACAAGAAAGCGAAAAGAUGACAACCUAGUCACGACUGCGCAGCAAGCUGCAGUCCUCAUGGGUGGAUAAAUCAAUCAAUCAAAGACAAAUUGAGCAUCCGAGCAUUUUAUUUUCUUCACAGCUGAAGAUCAUUUCUGACGUCUACCUAUAUAUGCCUUAUAUUUAUGAUGUGAACCCUUCCACUUUUAAAUAAAUAACAAUGAGUUCCUAAAGUUCACCCAUUGUGAUCGUUUGCAAAGCAGUCGUAAUGCUUUAAAAUUACAAAAUAUUGUCCUAUAAUUCUACCAGAUGCCUUGCGAUUUUACUGGUUUCUAUAUGUUUUGAAAAAAAUGUCUGAUUAUUCUAUAGAAUGUAUGUCGAAAAACUCUGUCUAGUAUUAUUCGAUUGGACUCCAAACAUUCUAAAAUGUUCCGCCCACUUAGAUUUAACUUGACCUUGGCAUCUUAAUGGAUGCAGUCAACCUGAAAUUCGUUUGAUGCACAUUACAGUUAAGCGUAUCACUCAAUUUAACAGCCUUAGCUAUUUCCACGCCAUUUCAUACUUGUUAACGUUCUGUUCCUUUGUAUGAGCGUUUUUAUUGACUUUCGUAUUUUAAAAAUUGCUAUUCCCGUUGCCUGGUUUGCAAGCAAGUCCUCCUCUUGAGUCUAGGCCAUAUCGUCGUUACGCAUUCAGCAUUUUCUUCAUGGUAUAUCC